CGUUGGUGACGGACUGUUAUCAGUUCACAGUUGGCCCCGCGUCAAGUCCCGGUUCAAAUUGAAUUUGUUUCCCCCGAGGGAAAUAACAUUUUCGAGUAAAAAAAAAAGAAAAAACUCCAAAACGUCUCGAGGUUGUGAUUCGCCGUCGUCCGCCUCCCGCGGGAUGGAAUGGCAGGACCCGGUCCUCGAACAGCACUUCAUCGGACACGGCGGGACCGUCACCUGCUUGGCGUUCAGCCCCUCCGGAAAGCAGCUCGCCUCGGCCAGCCUCGACAAGACUUUCAUGAACUGGAACCUCGCAUCAUCGAAAGGUUCCCUCAGAUAUAGAGCAAAACCAUUACCAGUAACCCAUGUUACUUUUUCGCCUAGUGGAAAUUUAAUAGGUUCAUCUCAAGGACAGUUUGUCCGUAUGUGGAUGGCCAGUAUUCAAGGAAAGUCUCUCGAUUUCAAAGCACAUACAUCGACAAUCAGGUCAGUAAGGUUUUCACCUGACGGAAGAACUUUUGUGACAGCGUCAGAUGACAAAUGCAUUAAAAUAUGGCGAACGUCCAGGCGAAAGUUUGUCGCUUCGCUGAUUGGUCAUACGAAUUGGGUGAGAUUUGCAAAUUUUUCAUACGAUGGAAAUCAGAUUGUUUCUUGCAGCGAUGACAAAAGUGUGAGACUGUGGGAUACUCGGAUAUCUAAACAAAUUCACAUUUUCAAUGAAAUCAAAGAUUGUCCUCUCCAUGUGGAUUUUCAUCCCGCCAAGACUUACAUAGGAGUUGCUGUUGGUAAAAAUAUUAAAAUCUAUGAUAUGAGAUAUGUCAAGUUACUUCAGUAUUAUCCUUGCCACGAUGGAGAAAUUUACAAUUUUUCAUUCCACCCCAAUGGAAAUUUUAUGUUAACAGGAAGUGAAGAUAAAACAAGCAAGAUCAUCGAUUUGAUAGAAGGUAGACCAGUUUUGUCCCUCGAGGGUCAUACGGAAGCUGUCACCGCUGUUACAUUUUCUCAGUCCGGUUCAAACUUCGCAACGGGUUCCAAGGAUAAAAAUGUUUUUGUGUGGAAGACUAACCUUGAGCAUGAUAGGAAAACUGAAGAGAAAUUUAUUAAAAACAUUAACGGAUACAGGAAAGCCAAACUCCCUAAAUUAUCAUCGAGGGAGGUGAAAUCGAAAAGCAGCUGGCACACUUUGACAACAGACGAAUGUUCAAACGGGGAUUCUCAAGAGUUCGACAAGCUAUCUAGAUUAACCAGUUGUACGAGCACAAAUAUAAAAUCUGAUAAAGAAUGCACUACUGAUGCAACCACUGAUGACCCUUAUGAUCAUGAACAAUUCCAAAAUGAAGAUAAUCAGCCGGAAAUUGUUGAUAAAGAAAAUUUAGUUAAAAUUUGUCUCAACGGUGCUGGUACUAAUAUAAAACCGAUAGAAAAUUCGAUUGGAACACUUCUAACUAGCGUAGAUACACUAAGCAAUAGGAUGAAUGAAUUGGAGAAGAAAAUUUCAAUGCUUGAAAUUUUGAACACGGCACUCGAUGAUAAGGACAAACGGCACCACUCAUACUAGUAUUAAUAAUUGAAUAAAUUAUAUAUCAAUUUUUAAA